AUGUUCACAUUUAUACCCAUUACACACCCCACAUCGGAUACGAAGCAGCCCUUGUUGCUGCUGCAGUCUGCGCAUGGUGAGAAGUACUUCUUUGGCAAGAUUGGUGAAGGUUCCCAGAGAAGUCUGACGGAAAAUAAGAUCAGAAUAUCCAAAUUGAGGGACAUUUUCCUUACUGGUGAACUGAACUGGUCAGAUAUUGGUGGGUUGCCUGGGAUGAUCUUGACCAUUGCCGAUCAGGGGAAAAGCAACCUCGUUUUGCAUUACGGACAUGACAUUCUGGACUACAUAGUCUCCACUUGGAGGUACUUCGUCUUUAGAUUCGGCAUAGACUUGAGGGAUCAUAUUAUGAAAGAUAAAGAGGUCUAUAAAGAUAAUGUGAUAACGGUUAAGUCCUUCAAUGUCCUGAAAAAUGAGGAAAAUUGCAAAAGUGAAGUUUUCGACAGCUUUCAAAAGGGCGUGUUGGAUUCUAUAGUCUCGAAAAUGUUCCCCAAACAUGAACCCACCGAUAGAUAUGAUCCUUCCAGUGAUCCGCAUUUAAACGUUGAACUGCCUGACUUGAGCGCAAAAAUAGAAAUCUCUACGAAUUACGAAAUCAGCUUCAAUCCCGUGAGAGGGAAGUUCAAGCUCGAAGAAGCUGUCAAGUUAGGUGUGCCAAGGGGUCCCUUAUUUGCCAAGUUAACUAAGGGCCAAAAAAUCACAUUGGAUAACGGUACUGUCGUAACACCUGAACAGGUAUUAGAAAGAGAACGUCAUUUCGCCAAGGUACUGGUUCUGGAUAUCCCGGAUGACGCAUAUUUAAGUGCGUUCGUUGAAAAGUUCAAGGAAUACGAUUGCGCUGAACUUGGUAUGGUUUAUUAUUUUCUGGGUGACGACGUCACCAUUAAUGACGACCUAUUUAAGUUCAUUGACAUUUUCGAGAAGAACCAUUAUGGCAAAGUCAAUCAUAUGGUUUCUCAUAGUAAAAUUUCCCCAAACACAAUAACGUUUUUCGGUUCAGCAUUAACCACAUUAAAGUUAAAGGCAUUACAAGUCAAUAACUACAAUCUACCAAGAACAGAUCGUGUGUUUUCGAAAGAUUUUUAUGAAAGCUUCGACAAACCACUCGCCAAGGGAACUUCUAUGUGUGAAUCCCAAGAGACACCUUUAAAUACUGCCAUACAGAAGGAUAAUAUUCAUAUUUUUGCACAGAACAAGACAGUAACUUUUGAACCUUUUCACAGGGACGAAGAACCGAUGAGGUGUGAAAUAAAUAGUGAUCUAUCAGCUUUCUCGUGGGAAAAAAUUUUUGAGGAUCAUGUGCAGCCUUUGGGGUUCCCCUUAGCUAGUGUCGAGACGGUCAUCAACGACCAACUACAUGUGAACAAUUUUAAUAACACGACGGAAAAGAAAAGACAUGUCGAGAUUAUCACAUUGGGGACCGGUAGUGCAUUGCCCUCCAAAUAUAGAAAUGUUGUGUCCACAUUAGUUAAAUUUCCCUAUAUUCAUGUGGAUGGCAAUAUUGAAAAUAGGAACAUCAUGUUGGAUGCAGGUGAAAAUACUUUGGGGACCAUGCAUAGAAUGUUUUCUCAACUAGCAGUCAAGUCAAUAUUCCAAGAUUUAAAGAUGAUUUAUUUAAGUCAUUUGCAUGCAGACCAUCAUUUAGGGAUAAUUAGCAUAUUAAAUGAAUGGUAUAAAUAUAACAAGGACGAUGAAAUGAGUUAUAUAUAUGUGAUAACUCCAUGGCAAUACAACAAAUUCAUCAAUGAAUGGCUAGUUCUGGAAAACAAGGAGCUUUUGAAGAAAAUUAAAUACAUUAGUUGUGAACAUUUCAUUGAUGAUUCGUUUGUGAGGAUGCAGACGCAAGCCGUUCCUCUGGAAGAGUUCAACGAAAUAUUACAAGAGAAUAGUAAUCAUGAAGUGAAAAGGAAGCUGGAUUUGGACGGAGAUUCUUCAUAUAGGGAUGUUGAUUUAAUUACGCAAAUGUAUGAGGAUUUAUCGAUAGAAUUUAUGCAGACGUGCAGAGCCAUACACUGCGAUUGGGCAUAUUCAAGUUCUAUCAUCUUUCAGAUGGACGGGAACAAUGAUCAUAAUACAUUCAAAGUUUCGUAUUCAGGCGAUACGAGACCUAAUAUUGAAAAUUUCUCCCAUGAAAUUGGCCAUAAUUCUGAUCUACUAAUUCAUGAAGCCACACUAGAAAACCAAUUAGCGGAAGAUGCCAUCAAGAAAAGGCAUUGUACAAUCAAUGAGGCAAUUAGUGUUUCGAAUGAAAUGAAUGCUAGAAAGUUGAUCUUGACACAUUUCUCCCAAAGAUAUCCUAAGUUGCCUCAAUUGGACAAUAAUAUUGACGUGAAGGCGAAAGAAUUUUGUUUCGCUUUUGACAGUAUGAUUGUUGACUAUGAGAAAAUUGGUGAGCAGCAGCAUGUAUUUCCACUAUUGAACAAGGCAUUUGCUGAGGAAAAGGAACAAGAAGAUGACUCUGAAGAUGUAGAAAGCAUCCAAGAUCCGGAAAUCAUAGUAAAAAAACACAAGAAAAAUUAA